UUCUUCUCUCUCUAAUAAAAAUAGCCUUUCACGUGUGUUUGUCAACCUAAGAGAUGGUUGUCGGUCAAACUGGUUUCCCACAAGGCAAAAUUAUUAUAGGAUGGAUGGAAUGGAGUAAUAAUAAUAAUAAUAAUAAUAAUAAUAAUAAUAAUUACAAAAAAAUCAAAAUAAAUUAUUUACUUAUAUUUUACAUAUAUGAAAAAAAAAAGUCAUGAAAAGGAAUGGCACUGUUGGGUCUGCGUUCGUAAUGUUUGACAGAUCGAAUUUAUUAUCUCUAUAAAGACUCUUUCUGCUUCCUUCAGUUCAAACCCAUUUGUGAUUAUUGUACUCGUCUUCUUUUGCUCCUUUUCCUUUUUCUCUCUCUUUCGUUCCUUUUGCUUUCUUUCCCAGUAUGGAGCUGGGUUUGAGUUUAGGAGACCCUCCCAAACCCUUUGGGUUCAUAGAAAAGCACCACCGUGACCGUGGCCGUGACCGUGACCGUGACCGAGAACGAGACCACUCAAAUAACGACAACGCUUCUCCCUUUUGCAUGGACUUAUCAAUCGGCCCACUACGCUCUAGAGCUGAAGAUCGAAAUGGAAGAGAACAAGAACUAAAUAACAAAGAACAGGAGAGAAGAAGAGACGAUGUUUCACAUAUUGAGGGUACUGGUACUGGUACCGUGUCAUCAUCAGAACCGCCGGUUCAGCUCGACCUUCUGCCCCACACUCCGGUUCCUCGCACCCAUGGCGGUAGCGGCUUCCCUUGGUCCGCUUCCAUUGAAAAUCAGGAGGGCGGUAGUUCUGGUUGUGGAAUAUUGGAACUGAAUAGGGUUUCGAAAGUAGUGGUCCGCACCUCUGCAGCGGAGGAAGCGGACGAAACGACAGUGCUUUCGUCGUCACCGAACUCAAACAGUGGUGGAACGUCGUCGUUUCACAUGGAUAUAGGGUUGUACAACUACAGGGGUAGUGGAGGUAAUAAUAAGAGGGACCAGUACUCGGAGGGUGAAGCAGAGAGAUCUUCCCCUAGAGCCAGUGACGAUGAUGACGUCAACGGUAACAACAGGAAGAAACUCAGGCUCUCCAAAGACCAGUCUGCUUUUCUUGAAGAAAGUUUCAAAGAACACAAUACCCUCAACCCAAAGCAAAAACAAGCACUUGCUAAGCAACUCAACCUUCGACCUCGCCAAGUCGAAGUUUGGUUUCAGAAUCGUAGAGCGAGGACGAAGUUGAAGCAAACAGAGGUUGAUUGCGAGUACUUAAAGAGGUGUUGUGAGACUUUGACCGAAGAGAACAGAAGGCUUCACAAAGAGCUUCAAGAGCUCAGAGCUUUGAAGACUUCAAACCCUUUCUACAUGCAACUCCCAGCCACUACACUCACCAUGUGCCCCUCUUGUGAGCGAGUGGCCACCACGACCACCACUACCAACACAGUUACUAACCCCAACACCAAUCCUACCAGUAACAACAACAACAACAGUGAAUCACCAUCGUCAAAAGCAGCUGGUUUUCCAAUCAACAGGCCCAAGUUCUACCCAUUUCCUCAGACCCAAGCUCAGGCCCAGUCCCAAGCCCAAACAUAUACUCACCACCAGUCCUCGGCGGCUUCAUGAGCCCCAAUUAGGACCAUGGAUGUAACGUUGGACGUUUUGCUUUCGAAAGGAGUGGGUUUUUUAUGUGUACAUAGACAAAGUAAAAGAUUUCGGAUAAUGAUAAAAUAGGUUUGUUUGAUUAAAGAAGUUGUUUUAAUUCUUGUUCUGGGGAUAUUUCAACCUUUGAAAAAGAUAGAAAGAAAGAGAAGGGAUCUCCUAUCUUAGUCGCUGAAUUUUGUUGUGAUAGAGCGAGAAUCAGAGAGAGGAAAAGAAAAAAAAACAUAUAUUUGUGUUAAAUUUAUUUAUUUCUUUAUUAUUGUAAUAUCUGAUUACCCCUACUUUUUUACUGGGAAAAAAAGAAAAUAGAAGGAAAAAUUGUUUUGCCGUUUGAAAA